AUGCAUCUCCCCACCCUCAUCCCCUUCCUCACCCUCCUCACCCCUACCCUCUCCCACACUAUCUCUGAGCAGCGGAUGCGAAUGCUCUCCGGCGGUCGAUUUGGCCCCUCCCAGUCCGGCAACAACCACUUCACCAACGGCAAGCGAUACUUUAUAAACCCCAAACCAGAAAACCCGGCAGGAGCCGGGGUGUUAUCCGGCAUAGAUCCCACAAGAGUCACAUCCAACAGCAUCAUGGACUCCCAAUCCGACAAGAGAGACCUCAUCUACCCAAAACCGCAAACGCCGGCAGGAGCUGGGGUUAUAACAGGCAUCGACGACAAGAGGAUACCCGUCAACAAGAGAGACGCCUGCGAAUUUUCCAGCUGCGACGCCUGCUACAAGAAGGAGCUGGCCUGUGUCAACUGCGCAAAGGACUACACGGUGGACAACUUUGCGCCUUGCAUGCUUUGGUAA